AUGGGUAUUGAGGUUGUGAGCAUAGUUGUAGGAGAUAAUUACAUGCACCUAUUCUAUGAGGGAGAUGCUGCAUUCUGCAUUGAUGCAUGCAGCCCAAAGGUGCUUCUGAAGGCCUUGGGCAUCAAUUUCAAAAAGAGAAUUUAUAAUGAAAGAGAGAUUCUUGAUAUGCCUGAGGACAUGGCAAGAAGGAGGAGGCUCGUUUAUCUGUUUACCACACACAAACACUGGGAUCACUCGGGUGGGAUUCCAUACAUAAUGGAGAACAGCCCGACUACAGAAAGAAUAUCUGGGUUUGAGGGCUGUGUAUGUAAGUGUGGAGACAAGUUCUACUUUGGAGAUGUUGAGAUAGAAUGCCUGUAUACACCCUGCCAUACAAUGGAUAGCUUUUGCUACUAUGUCGAUGGGAGGUUUCUUGCAACAGGCGACACGCUGUUCUUUCUUGGAUGCGGGAAAUUCUUUGAAGGAACGCCUACACAGAUGAGCCAUGCCAUCAGAAAGGUAAGAGAAAGAGUCGAUCACAACGCCAUUUUACUAUAUGGACAUGACUACAACAGCCAAAACAUUCGAUUUACUGAGGAAUUCUAUCCUGUCCCUUCAAGGAUAAAGGAAAUGAAGUUCUUGAGGCUUAGAGAUGAAAUAGAAUAUAAUCCAUUUUUUAACCUAGGAAAGAUACUUAUUGGAGGAUCAGAAGAAGAGAUGAUGGGUAAGCUUCGUGAGAAAAAGAACGUGUUUAAUAAGAUAUGA